AUGAGAGCUCUUUUCUUCCUGCAUUUUCUGUUCUCCCUCUUCUUGCACAACAUUUCUGAUGCAAGGGAUACAAUCACCUCCACCCAAUCCCUCAAAGAUGGUGACACCAUCAUUUCAUCCGGUGGGAACUUCGAAAUGGGGUUUUUCAGCAUCCCUGCUGCAGGUUCCAUAAACCGAUACGUCGGUAUAUGGUACAAGCAGAUUCCUGGUCAAACAGUGAUAUGGAUUGCCAACAGAGAAACAGCACUAACUAACACAACCUCGGCUGUCUUGAAGAUCGUCGAGCCGGGGGGGCCGUUAGUUCUUAUUGAUGGCAAGAAUGAGGUUAUAUGGUCGGCUAAUGCAUCAAGAUCAGCCCAGAAUCCUAUUGCACAGCUCUUGGAUUCAGGGAAUCUUGUGGUGAGAGAUAAUAGAGAGGAUGAGAACUUCCUGUGGCAGAGUUUUGACUACCCAACUGAUACUUAUUUACCAGGCAUGAAGCUUGGGUGGAAUUUCUUGACACAACACGAGGUUUAUAUUACAUCGUGGAAGAAUGAAAACGAUCCAGCUUCAGGGCCGUUCACCCAUCAUUUUGAUCCAACUGGUUACCCACAAUUAGUAACCAAGAACGGUUCGAAAGAGCUUUUUAUAGCAGGACCCUGGAAUGGUCUGCGGUGGAGUGGAACGCCUGAAAUGGAUGCAUAUAGUCCUCAUUACAAGUACCAUGUGUCCAUAAGUCCCAGGGAGGUUUAUACCAGAUAUGAUCUCAUUAACAACCCCGUUUUAACCAGGGUAGUCAUGACUAGUUCUGGUGAACUCCAAGUCUACAUAUGGGUUAAUGAGACUCAAAGCUGGGUCAGUGCCCUUAAGGUUCCUAGGAAUUCCUGUGACAGCUAUGCAAUAUGUGGUGCAAAUGGAGUUUGUAACAUCACUGCUUCCCCAGUCUGUGGAUGCUUCGAAAAAUUUACAAGCAGGAAGACUAGAGUGGGAUUGGAUUACUGGUCCGAUGGCUGCCAUAGGAGGAAGCCUCUGAAAUGCAAGAAUGGAACAGAUGGAUUCAAGAAGUAUUCCGGGAUAAAAUGGCCAGACACGAAACAUUCUUGGUUUAACACGACCAUGAAUCUUACAGAGUGCGAGCACAAGUGUUUGAAGAAUUGCUCCUUGAUCAUCUCUUGCACUUAUCACUCCUGCACUGCUUAUUCGAAUUUAGAUAUAAGAAAUGGAGGAAGUGGUUGUCUGCUUUGGUUUAACGACUUGAUUGACAUUCGAGUACUAUAUCAAAACGGGCAAGACAUUUACAUUAGACUUGAUUCUUCCGAGAUACCAGCAGAGCCAAUUAGAGUGGAAUCUCAUGCUAGCUCCAAGGGGAAGAAAGUGAAAAUUGUCUUAGGCUGUUUGCUACUUCUAAUUGUAAUGAUCGUGCUAGGUCUGUGCCUUGGUUUGAACAUCUUCAAAAAGAGUAAGAAGAAAAUGAUGAAGCUGAAAGAAUGGUUAGAACUACCAUUAUUUGACUUGUCUACAAUAUCAAGAGCUACAAAUAACUUUUCAGAAAACAACAAGCUCGGAGAGGGUGGGUUUGGAGUUGUUUACAAGGGUGUUUUGGAUGAUAAACAGGAAGUUGCCGUGAAGCGGCUCUCAAAGACUUCAACACAAGGAUUAUUGGAGUUCAAGAAUGAAGUAAUUUGUAUUGCCAAGCUUCAACACCGGAAUUUAGUAAAGCUUCUAGGGUGUUGUAUACAAGGAGAAGAAAAGCUUUUGGUUUACGAAUACUUGGCAAAUAAAAGCCUAGAUACCUUCAUAUUUGAUGAAGCAAAGAGCAAAUUGAUUGAUUGGCCAGAGCGCUUUUCCAUAAUUAAUGGAAUUGCACGAGGAUUAAUGUAUCUCCAUCAAGAUUCUCGACUAAGGGUCAUUCAUAGAGAUCUUAAAGCUAGUAACGUUUUGCUGGAUGACAAUAUGAAUCCAAAGAUUUCUGACUUUGGGCUGGCAAGAAGUGUUGGAGGGGAUGCAACAGAAGCAAAUGCAAGUCGUAUUAUGGGGACACAUGGAUACAUAUCCCCAGAAUAUGCUGCUAAAGGAGUAUUUUCAAUAAAAUCAGAUACAUUUAGCUUUGGCGUUUUAUCAUUAGAGAUUGUGAGCGGGCAAAGAAAUAGAGGAUUUUUCCACCCAGAUCAUAGUCUCAACCUUAUCGGUCAUGCAUGGAAGCUCUAUAAAGAAAAUAGGGCAUGGGAACUAAUUGAUGUUCAUCUAGCUUCAUCAUGUGAUCUAUCGCAAGUUAAAAGGUGUAUCCAUGUUGGACUAUUAUGUGCGCAACAACGCCCAGAAGAUAGACCAACCAUGUUUUCUGUAGUAACAAUGUUGUCUAAUGACAACACCCUACCUGAAGCAAAAGAGCCAGGAUUUUUCAUAGAACAAAGUGUAAAUAAGGGCAAUUACUCUUCAAGCACACAAAAAACAAGUUCAAGAAAUGAAUGCACCAUCACUGACUUGCAUCCUCGGUAG